AUGAUUUAUCUUUUCCAAGCUUCACUCUUGUUAUUAAAUCUAUGUAUUUUUACUUGUGGAGAAGUUAUACAAGGUAACUGUGUGCAUCAUUCUACGGAUUCUCCAGUAGUUAACAUUGUAGAAGAUGAAUCUAAUGCAAAAGGUGAAAGUAAAAGUAAUGCUACUGUUUAUAAAGAAGAUUGUGAGGAAUCAUGUGAUGUUAAAACUAAAAUUACACGAGAAGAAAAACAUUUCAUGUGUAGAAAUUUGCAAAAUUCUAUUGUUUCUUAUACACGAAGUACCAAAAAACUACUAAGAAAUAUGAUGGAUGAGCAGCAAGCUUCCUUGGAUUAUUUAUCUAAUCAGGUUAAUGAGCUCAUGAAUCGAGUUCUCCUUUUGACUACAGAAGUUUUUAGAAAACAGCUGGAUACUUUUCCUCACAGACCAGUUCAGUCACAUGGUUUAGAUUGUACUGAUAUUAAGGAUACCAUUGGUUCUGUCACUAAAACACCAAGUGGUUUGUAUAUAAUCCACCCAGAAGGAUCUAGUUACCCAUUUGAGGUAAUGUGUGACAUGGAUUACAGAGGAGGUGGAUGGACUGUGAUACAGAAAAGGAUCGAUGGGAUAAUUGACUUCCAAAGGUUAUGGUGCGACUAUCUGGAUGGAUUUGGUGACCUUUUAGGUGAAUUUUGGCUAGGGCUGAAAAAGAUUUUUUACAUAGUGAAUCAGAAGAAUACCAGUUUUAUGCUGUAUGUGGCACUGGAAUCUGAAGAUGACACAUUUGCUUAUGCAUCAUAUGAUAAUUUUUGGCUAGAGGAUGAAACAAGAUUUUUUAAAAUGCACUUAGGACGAUAUUCGGGAAAUGCUGGUGAUGCAUUCCGUGGUUUCAGAAAAGAAGAUAAUCAAAAUUCAAUGCCUUUUAGCACAUCAGAUGUUGAUAAUGAUGGAUGUCGCCCUGUAUGCUUCAUCAAUGGUCAGUCUGUGAAGAGCUGCAGCCACCUCAGUAACAAUACCGGCUGGUGGUUCAACCAGUGUGGUCUCGCAAAUCUGAAUGGCAUUCAUUACUUCCCUGGAAAAUUGCUUUCAACUGGAAUUCGAUGGGGCACAUGGACCAAAAACAACUCACCUAUCAAGAUUAAAUCUGUUUCAAUGAAAAUUAGAAGAAUUUACAAUCCAUAUUUUAAGUAA